AUGCCAGAUUCCCUGAACGACAGCCAUAAAGGGCAGUUUUCCUUCCUCUCCCACACCCCGCCGGUCACGCGGGACCCUCGAGGGCCGGGGUCUGGCCAGCUAGGAGCGGGGCCCGGCUGCCUUCCUUUUCCUACAGCAGAGCCUGGUUCCGAGGGAGGCCGCGGCGUGCUUCGCACCCACCCGGCGCGAGGGGUCUGCCCGGGGUCCACCCGGGGUCCCGCGGCGCUAGGGGGUGCUAAGAGCCGGGCCGCCGGACGCUGGAGGAAGCCAGGUGCCGGGUCGCGGGAUCGGGGGCCGAGAGCCCUGCGCGGCCGCGCGCCUCCGCUCCGCGACUCAGCCGGCCGGCGCCCGGGCUUGGCGUGCAGGGACGGCCCGCUGCGGGCAGAAGCCACGCCCUCCACCACCGCCGCGUGGAAACCACCGGCGCUGACCCGGCCCCAAGUCCCCGCGCGCCCCGGCCGGGCCCCCAGAGCGCCUACUCCCGGGCUGGCGGCGGACGCGGCGGCUGGGCCAAGGCCCGCGCUCCCCUGCCUCACUCUUCCCAGUGCUACCGAGGAAGAAUACACAAUUAUAUUCCAGAGUAGACUGUUCAUGGCCAUUAGAAGAUGCUCACUGGUACUUGUUUUUAUAACCAUGUGGCUGUCAAUUAAAGCAAAAAUAGAUGUGUGCAAGAGAGGAGAUGUGACUGUGAAGCCUUCCCAUGUAAUUUCACUUGGAUCAGCUGUCAAUAUUUCGUGCUCUCUGAAACCCAAACAAGGCUGCUGGCACUACUCCAGUUUUAACCGGUUAAUCCUCUAUGAGUUCAACAGAACAAUCAGUUUUCACCACGGUGGCUCCCUCAGUACUCAAGUCACAGAUCUUCCCCUUGGGACAACCUUGUUUGUCUGCAAACUGGCCUGCAUCAAUAGCAAUGAGAUUCGAAUUUGUGGAGCAGAGAUCUCGGUUGGUGUUGUUCCAGAACAGCCUCAAGACUUAUCUUGCAUACAGAAGGGAGAGCACGGGACUGUGGCCUGCACCUGGGACAGAGGACGAGACACCCACCUAUAUACUAAGUACACUCUAGAGUUAAAUGGACCAAAAGCUUUGAGUUGGCAGAAGCAGUGCAGUGAUCAGUAUUGUGAUCAUUUGGACUUUGGAUUCAAGCUAACCCCUGAUUUACGUGAAUCCAUUUUCACAGCUACAGUUACUGCCGUGAAUAUUCUUGGAAAUUCUUCACUUGCGUCUGUGUUCACUUUCUUGGACAUAGUGAGGCCUCUUCCUCCGUGGGACAUCAGAGUCACAUUUCUAAAUGCUUCCAGCAGCCGAUGUACCCUUCAGUGGAGAGAUGAAGAGUGGGUGCUGCUUAAUCGACUCAGAUACCGGCCCAGCAGCAGCAGGUCCUGGAAGAUGGUUAAUGUUACAAAUGCCAGAGGAAGACAUGAUUUGCUGGAUCUGAAGCCGUUUACAGAAUAUGAAUUUCAGGUUUCUUCUAAGCUACAUCUUCAUAAAGGAGGUUGGAGUGAUUGGAGUGAAUCAUUGAGAACACAAACACCAGAAGAAGAGCCUAUUGGAACAUUAGAUGUCUGGUACAUGAAGCAACAUGUGGAUUACAACAGACAACACAUUUCUCUUUUCUGGAAGAAUCUGAGUGUAUCAGAGGCAAGAGGGAAAAUCCUCCACUAUCGAGUGACCUUACAGGAGAUGGCAGGAAGGAAAACUACACUACAGAACCUCACAAGACACACCUCCUGGACCUGGGUCGUUCCCAGAACUGGGAAUUGGGCUGCAGCUGUAUCUGCAGCCAACUCAAAAGGCAGUUCCCUGCCAACUAGUAUUAACAUAACAGACCUGUGCGGGGCAGCAUUGCUGGCUCCUCGCCAGGUCUCUGCCAACCCAGAGGGCACAGACAGCAUCCUGGUGACUUGGCAGCCUCCCGAGAAAGCUGCCUCUGCCGUUCGGGAGUACGUGGUGGAAUGGAGGCAGCUGCUUCUGGAGGGCGACGUGCGGCCCCGUCCAAACUGGCUGCGGCUCCCGCUGCACAGUGUGUCUGCUGUGCUGUCAGAGAACAUCAAACCCUACUUGUGUUAUGAAAUCCACGUGCAUGCACUGUCAGCAGGCCAAGGAGGAUGCAGCUCCAUCCUGGGAAACUCCAAGCACAAAGCUCCGCUGAGGGGGCCCCACAUCAAUGACAUUACAGAAGACGAGGGGAGUGUUUGGAUUUCAUGGGACCACUUUCCAGCCCAGGAGCAAAUGGGCUGCAUCCUGCAUUACAGAAUUUACUGGAAGGAACAGGACUCCCGUUCCCAGGCUCAGCUCUGUGAAAUUCCCUAUAGAGUCUCCCAGAAUUCACAUCCAAUAAACAGCCUGAAGCCCAGAGUGACAUAUGUCCUAUGGAUGACGGCUCUGACAGCUGCUGGUGAAAGUCCCCCAGGAAGUGAGAGGGAAUUUUGUCUGCAAGGCAAAGCCAACUGGAGCGUGUUUGUGGCACCAAGCAUUUGCACUGCUGUCAUCAUAGUGGGCAUUUUCUCAAUGCGUCACUUCCGGCAAAAGGUGUGUGUUCUCCUUUCGGCCCUCAGACCUCAAUGGUGUCGCAAAGAAAUUCCAGACCCAGCAAAUAGCACAUGGGCCAAGAAGUAUCCCAUCAUGGAGGAGCAGGCGCAGCUGCUGGUGGAGAGGCUCCAGACACCCUGGUCCUGUCCUGAAGAGCCCGAGCCCCUGGCCAUCAGCGAAGUCUCUCAGCAGGGGACUGCCGUCUUGGGACAGCCCCGUCGCCCCACGUGCUCAGAAAGUGGCCAAGGUCACCGUAGCUCUGAGCAAGACACAGCAGUGCUCAGUGCCUGCAGCCCGCCACCCCCCGGGACUCUCCUGGCUGAGAAGAGACAGGCAGUGGACCUGUACAAGGUGCUGGGUGUCAGGGGCCAGGGCCCAAUGCCGGGGAGCCCAGCCAGCCCCUUGCCGGUCCUCCAGGUGGACUACCUCCCCACCCAGGAGGGCUACUUAUCCUCCAACAUCGAUGACCCCUCUCCAGGAAGGGGUCCUCCCCCUGAGCCUGCGGAAGAUCUGGCGCCUCUGCACGUCUCUUUUUCUGUGUUUUCAAGCUCCCUUCACCCGCUCCCCUUCUCCUGUGGUGAGAAGCUGACUCUGGCUCACUUGAAGAUGGGCUGUGAUGCCUCUCAGGCUCUGAGUGGUGAGACUUGAAGGCUGGGCGUCGCUGGGCCGCCAACCAGCACAGCGUUGCUCGUCCGCCCAGCCUCUCUCCAGUGCUACCAUCAGGUGUGGCUGCAGCGAGAGGCGGGUAAGCCAGCUCCGUGUGGAUCUCAGAGACUGAGCUGGCCUUUGCCGAGAGCGCUCAUCUGGCCUUCGCCAAGAGCCUUGACAAGACCUACUCCGCCACGCGCAUCGGAGACUCCAGCCUGCAUUCCUGCCAACUUGGCCAGCAAGCAAGGAGGGGAAGCGAGGGGGAACCAAAACUGAGCAGUAAUGACCCACAAUUCAGAGGCCCAGUCACUCAACAAGUGUUUGUAAAGUGCCUACUCCACACUACAUACUACGUAGGCUCUAGGUCAGUACUGGCCAACAGAACUUGUUGAGAAGCCAGAAGCAGCCCACAUCUGCACAGUGUGUUAACCACUUGGAAUGUGUCUAGUGCGAAUGCAGAAUGAAAUUUUGAUCGUCAUUAAGUAGCCACACAUGGCUCAUGGCUGCCGUGUUGGGGAGCACAGCUCUGGAUGGCGGAUAAGCUUGUGAGCAUUAUGAGUCUUCAAAAUAA